AGCCGCCGGCGGGUGUUCGCGGCUGGGCAGCGGCCGCCGCGCUGCGCUCCCCACGCGUUGCGGGUCGUGCGGCCCUGUCGCCGCUAUGCCGUGGAGGCUGCCCAAAGAUUCUGCGAGGGAGUACUCUCAAUAUAAACUCUGCAGAGGCAAGAGAAGCUACUCUAGUUCUUCCUCUUCUGACUUUUACUCCAGGCUUGAGUUGGAAGAGUUUGUCUCUGUAGGUGACGCCUCUGGAGCAGAGGAAGAUACAGACUCAGCUGUUUUAUAUGGAACUUUGCGAGGGAGCAUUGUUGGAUUACGGUACUACACAGGGAUUGUUAAUAAUAAUGAAAUGGUUGCACUUCAGAGGGAGCCCAACAAUCCCUAUGAUAAAAAUGCAGUGAAAGUAAAUAAUGUAAAUGGAGAGCAGGUAGGCCAUAUAAAAAAAGAACUGGCAGCAGCAUUGGCAGUCAUUAUGGACAACAAACUAGCAUUAGUUGAAGGGAUUGUCCCUUAUGGAGCAAAAAAUGCUUUUACUAUGCCUGUACAAAUGAGCUUUUGGGGAAGAGAAGAAAACAAGGAAGCAGUGCAAGAUCAGCUAAAAAAGCAUGGGUUUAAAUUGGCUCCUCCUUUGAAAGCAGGUUCACAAGGUGGUUUUGGAGCAGACUGGAUUUCUGGGAGAGCUGGACUAAGUUAUAGCGCUCCACUUCAUGCUGCUGUGCAGUUGACAAGUGAACAGCUUAAAAGCGAAUUUGACAAGUUGUUUGAGGAUCUGAAGGAAGAUGAUAAAACUUGCGAAAUGGAAGGAGCAGAGGCUGUUGGCACACUCUUGCUUCCCCAUCAAAAGCAGGCUUUAGCUUGGAUGGUUUCACGUGAGAACAAUAAUGAUUUGCCACCGUUUUGGGAAGAGAGAAGUAACUUCUACUACAAUAUACUUACAAAUUUUGCACAAAAGCAGCGACCUAAAAAUGUUCUUGGAGGGAUACUGGCUGAUGAUAUGGGACUGGGUAAAACACUUACUACUAUUGCAUUGAUUCUCACAAAUUUUCAAGAUGGCAAGCCUCUUCCUGCUGAAAGGAUCACAAGUGCUAAGUUUUAUGAGGAAUCGACUACUAACAGCAUGAACAACGUUGGACACAGUCUAUGUAAAGACUCCAGCUGUGUGAUGGAGACUGCUGCUUCUGAUGUAAAAAAGUUUAAAACUACUCCGUUGAAACGCUCAAGUAGUCUUCCAAAAAGAAAUAAAGCCAAGAAACCCAGGUGUUCAGGAAGCAGUGACUUGGGAGAGUCUAAAGAAUGGCCACUGCAGCAAACAGAAAGAACUUCCUGUGGGAUCCAAGAAGAUACAGGCUUUGCUUCUGUUCUUCUGUCUUCAUCUUCUUGCUUAAAAAGACAAACAAAGAGAAAAGGUACCGCUAGUUUUCAGUCAGUUGAGAAGAAAUGCUCUGAUGAUGACCCCAGAGCAACACUGAUUUUAUGUCCACUGUCUGUCCUAAGCAACUGGAUUGACCAGUUUGAACAACAUAUUCACCAAGAUUUUCAUGUAAAUAUUUAUGUUUAUUAUGGUUCUGACCGUAGCAAAGACCCAUCAGUUCUUUCAGCACAAGACAUCGUACUGACAACGUACAACAUCUUAGUGACUGAUUAUGGAGUCAGAGGUGACAGCCCGUUACACAAAGUGAAGUGGCUGAGGAUUGUCUUGGAUGAGGGGCACACUAUACGGAAUCCAAAUGCUCAGCAAACUAAAGCUGUCUUAGAUCUGGAGGGACAGAGAAGAUGGGUACUUACAGGCACUCCUAUUCAGAAUUCUGUAAAGGAUUUGUGGUCUCUUAUUUCCUUCUUAAAACUGAAACCUUUUACUGAUCGAGAGUGGUGGCACAGGACAAUUCAACGUCCAGUCACGUUGGGAGCUGCAGGAGGACUUGGGCGUUUACAGUCUCUGAUUAGGAGUAUUACCCUAAGAAGAACUAAAAGAAGCAAAGUUAAGGGAAAACCCAUUUUGGAAUUACCGGACCGUAAAGUACUUAUUCAGCAUGUUACACUUACAGAGGAAGAGAGGAAAAUCUAUCAGUCUGUGAAGAUGGAAGGCAAAGCUGCAAUUAGCAGAUUUUUCAGUGAGGGGACUGUACUAGCUCAUUACGCUGACAUCCUUGGUGUCCUGCUCAGAUUGAGGCAGCUUUGUUGUUAUCCUCGUCUUUGUGUAAAUACAUCUUCUGGUUUUUCAGCUGAUAAUAAAACUCCCACAGAACUGCGUGAGACAUUAGUGAAUAAAAUGAAGUUGGUUCUGAGCUCUGGUUCAGAUGAAGAAUGUGCAGUUUGCUUGGAAUCACUGACUCUUCCUGUAAUAACACACUGUGCACAUGUGUUUUGUAAGCCAUGUAUUUUUGAAGUCAUCAGAAGUGAACAGCCAAAUGCCAAAUGCCCUCUCUGUAGGAAUGAACUUCGGGUAGAGCACUUGGUAGAAUAUCCCCUAGAAGAGGAAACAGACUACAGUAAUGGAAAGAAUUCUGACCAGGAGUGGAUAUCCAGUUCAAAGAUAAAUGCUCUCAUGCAUGCUUUGAUAGAAAUGCGGAAGGAUAAUCCAACUGCUAAAUGUCUGGUUGUUUCUCAGUUCACAACUUUCCUGUCACUGAUUGAAAAUCCAUUGAAAGAUUCAGGAUUUGCCUUUACUCGUUUGGAUGGGUCAAUGGCACAGAAGAAAAGAGUAGAAGCAAUUCAGUGUUUCCAAAGCAGUCAAGCGGGAUCCCCAACUGUAAUGCUUUUGUCUCUGAAAGCAGGUGGAGUUGGAUUAAAUCUGACAGCAGCUUCCCGAGUGUUUUUAAUGGAACCUGCUUGGAAUCCCGCUGCAGAAGACCAGUGUUUUGACAGGUGUCACAGGCUGGGUCAGAAAAAUAAUGUUGUUAUUACUAAGUUUAUUGUGAAGGAUUCAGUGGAAGAAAAUAUGCUGAAAAUCCAGAAGAAGAAGCGGGAACUUGCAGCAGGAGCGUUUGCUACCAAAAAGCCUGCAGCAAGUGAAGUAAAACAAAUCAAAAUUAAUGACAUUAAGACUCUAAUUGAUUUAUAGCUUGAAACUGUGGUAUUUUGAGUAAAUAAUAUGUUUAUUAUUUUAAUGUUGCUCUUCAAGUUACAUGUCUCAUGCUAAGUUUGUUUUUCGGUCUUUGGGGUCAAAACAUAAGUGCUUCAAAUAAUUAUGAAAAGUGAUGUGCUCCUGCAUGUUAAUUAAGAAAUGCUCAAACUUUUUUUGUGAAAAUGAAAUCUCUCCAGUGUUCAUGUCUUUGAAUGUUGCUUACUAUGCACAACACUUAAGAAUACAUAAAAAUCAUUGAAAACAGAACUGUGUAUUUAUGCGUUCUAAUAAGGAAUUUCAUCUCUUUUUAGAGGGGAAAAGGUAGCAAAAAGUAAAUAAUGUGUUUUGUCUUUCAGAGAAAAACCUUAAGAAAUUAAUUAAUGUUUCAGUCUCAAACCAAACAGAUUAUUCAGAUUGUUUCUGAAUAGGUGGUCAGUGAUCACUUCCUAAGGAAUUCCUACUUUUGCAGACUGUUCCAAGAUGGUAUAUAACUUUUUUUUUUCACUAUUUCUGAAUAAUACACAGGUGCAGCAGAGAGUUCCUCUGAUCACUUCCCAGGAGCUAGUAAAAAUUGAAGUCCUUAAUUUUAUGAAACACUUUAAUAUUUUACUUCCCUUAAACAGAGUUCCAGUUAUUUUGGUAAAAGUAAAGGGUUUGUGAUUUGGGCAAUGUGCUAGCAUUCGGCUUGUUACCACUAACACGCAUUCUGCUAAUUUCUUUACGUACUUUAAACAAUAUAAUUGUGCUGUAUGCAGCACAGAAAAUGACCCACUUGUCAGUAAAUGUUAGCCCUUGCAAAAUACAUGAAACAAAGUAUUGGAAUAGCUGCCAGUUUUCUAAUGGUUUCCUUGCACUGCUGAGUGCUUGUCCAGCUACUGCUUUUCCCAUACAUGUGUCUUAAUGGAAUGUCCAUCUGCAUGUGUCACGGUUUAUAGGGGAAGAAUUUGAUAGAACUGCUUAUGUUCAUGUACUGCAAAAUAAUAAAUACCACUGAGAUUUGGAGUUGAA